AUGGCGCUGAGGUGGUUUCUACUGGCACUUAUCGCCACCCACACCAACGCCCUUCCUGACAUUAUCAGGAUAGGUGGGUUAUUUCAUCCAUCGGAUGAUAAACAAGCGGUGGCGUUUCGUUACGCAGUGGAAAAAAUCAACAACAACAGAGACAUUUUACCCAGAUCGCGACUCAGCGCUCAGAUAGAACAGAUUUCCCCUCAAGACAGCUUCCACGCUUCUAAGAGAGUAUGUCAUUUACUGAGCACUGGAGUAGCUGCGAUUUUCGGGCCGCAAAGUGCGCAUACUGCAUCUCACGUGCAAAGCAUCUGUGACACGAUGGAAAUACCACACUUGGAAACGCGGUGGGACUACCGACUUCGUCGUGAAAGCUGUCUCGUCAACCUUUAUCCACAUCCGACGACUUUAUCUAAGGCAUAUGUGGAUCUUGUAAGAGCAUGGGGAUGGAAGAGCUUCACUAUUAUUUAUGAAAAUAAUGAAGGAUUAGUGAGACUGCAGGAAUUACUGAAGGCUCAUGGACCUAGUGAAUUUCCGAUCGCUGUCCGACAAUUGGGCGAAACUGACGAUUAUCGACCUUUGCUGAAGCAGAUAAAAAAUUCAGCUGAAUCUCAUAUUGUGCUCGAUUGUUCAACCGAACGGAUUCAUGAGGUCCUCAAACAAGCCCAGCAAAUUGGCAUGAUGAGUGACUACCACAGCUAUCUAAUUACUUCGCUGGAUUUACACAGCGUUGACCUGGAGGAAUUUAAAUACGGCGGGACCAAUAUCACGGCCUUCCGAUUGGUCGAUCCAGAGAAACCGGAAAUUCAAAAAGUCGUACAGGAUUGGAUUUACGGUGAACAAAGAUACGGGCGACAACUUGAUAUGGGUCAAACACAUAAUAAGAAUAAUAUCACAGCUAUAAAGACUGAAACUGCACUAAUGUAUGACGCAGUCCAUCUAUUUGCGAAAGCACUCCAUGUACUAGAUACCUCUCAACAAAUGGAAAUUAAACCACUAUCAUGUGAAUCAACAGACACUUGGUCCCAUGGUUAUUCGCUAAUUAAUUAUAUGAAAAUAGUUGAGAUGAAGGGACUAACAGGACUGAUCAAGUUUGAUCACCAGGGAUUCCGCUCGGAUUUUAUGCUUGACAUAAUCGAGUUAAAUAACAAAGAAGGACUUAAGAAAAUCGGAGUAUGGAAUAGUACUGAGGGGGUUAAUUUUACUCGAACAUUUGGUGAUGUUUACACACAAAUUGUCGAGAGUUUGCAGAAUAAAACUUUCAUUGUUUCGACGAUAUUAAGCGCGCCGUACUUUAUGCUGAAAGAUUCAAGCGUAAAGCUCGAAGGAAACGCGCAGUACGAAGGCUACAGUGUAGAUCUCAUCCAUGAAAUAUCCCGGAUACUUGGGUUCAAUUACACGUUUGUUAUUGUCCCAGAUAAAAAGUACGGAUCGUACAAUAAGAAGACUAAAGAGUGGGACGGGAUGAUCAAAGAGCUCUUGGAUCAAAAAGCUGAUCUCGCAAUAGCUGAUUUGACUAUUACCUACGAUCGAGAGCAAGCCGUUGACUUCACAAUGCCUUUUAUGAAUCUAGGUAUAAGCAUUCUUUACAGGAAGCCCAUCAAGAAGCCCCCGAAUUUAUUUUCAUUUCUAAGCCCUCUCAGUCUGGAUGUGUGGAUCUACAUGGCCACGGCUUAUCUCGGUGUUUCCGUUCUUCUAUUUAUAUUAGCCAGGUUCAGUCCGUAUGAGUGGGAAAACCCUUCUCCGUGCAACGCCCAGCCUGAAGUCUGCGAGAACGAGUUCACUCUCCUUAAUUCACUCUGGUUCACCAUAGGUUCGCUCAUGCAGCAAGGCUCUGAUAUAGCACCUAAAGCCGUAUCAACGCGAAUGGUCGCCGGAAUGUGGUGGUUUUUUACUCUGAUCAUGAUAUCAUCGUACACUGCAAAUCUAGCGGCUUUUUUAACGGUCGAGCGCAUGGAAUCGCCUAUUGAAAGCGCUGAGGAUCUCGCUAAGCAGACGAAAAUAAAAUACGGUGCUUUGGCUGGUGGCAGUACCGCUGCCUUUUUCCGGGAUUCAAAUUUUUCAACGUAUCAGCGCAUGUGGUCAUUCAUGCAGUCUGCCAAGCCGAGCGUAUUCACUAAAAGUAAUAUGGAGGGAGUGGAGUGGGUUAUCAAGGGCAAGGGAACAUACGCAUUCUUGAUGGAAUCCACAUCCAUCGAGUACGUGAUCGAGCGUAACUGCGAGCUCACUCGAGUUGGUACUGAAUUAGAUUCCAAAGGAUAUGGCAUUGCGAUGCCCCCGAACUCUCCCUACAGAACGGCAAUCAGCAGCGCUAUCCUCAAAUUACAAGAGGAGGGAAAAUUACAUACCCUUAAGACAAGGUGGUGGAAGGAAAAACGCGGAGGCGGAAAAUGCCGGGAGGAUAAUCAGAAAGCCGGCUCGACGGCCAACGAGCUGGGACUGGCCAAUGUUGGCGGUGUCUUUGUGGUCUUGAUGGGCGGAAUGGGUGUCGCCUGUGUGAUAGCCGUUUGUGAGUUCGUGUGGAAAAGUCGGAAAGUCGCUGUUGAAGAACGGAAAUCAUUACACUCGGAUAGAACGAGUGAAAUGCAAUAUUCUGUGGACAGCAUCGAUUGUCUUGAAAAAACAUCAGGCAAGAUAUCGUGUUAUUGGGACAAACAACGUCAAAAUUUAUCAACUGUUUCAGAAGUAAAACCUCCGACCCCCGGGUACUCUAAGUACACACAUUUCGUUGGAAAACCGCCAUUGACAUAAAACCACCUUCAUAUAUAUAAAUAUAUAUACUAUAUAUAGAUACAUAUACACUGUAAAAAAACGGGGUGUCCAAGCGGUGUAAGUGUAAAAUUUUCGGUGUUAAAUUUCAGCACCAAAAACGGUGUUAAAAUAACACCGCUUCCGGUGUAAAUAUUCUUUACCGGUGUUAAAAUAUUUAACGUUGUGAAUAUUUUUACUUACUCGACCACUGCAGUUAAACGGUGUUUUUAUUAGUUAAUUAAAUUAUUGGUGAUUGAAAUGGCGGGAGUAAACUUAUGUGAUUUUUUAAUAAAUUACAUAUAACAUAAAUAAUUAUUUAAAUAAGUCCAUAACAAAA